AUGUCUGCUGGGCCCAAGGCGACUCACAAUGAGCCCAAACUUCCUCUGCCCCCGGUAGCCGCUGGCCACGAGAGCCACCGUUCCCCUGCUGCUCCCUCCGACCCCGACCACGACCAACAACAUGCUACUCCCGACAACAGCGACCGUGACAGCGACGUGGAUGAGGACGCCAGCGACGCUGAAGAGGAUGAGCCGCACCUCAAGUACGACAAGUUGACGGCCGCUCUGGUCCCCGUCUACCGCAAUGGCGAUGCCACCAGCUCGCUGCUCGUCGCCGGCGACAAGAUGAUCCUCGGCACCCAUAACGGAAACAUUCACACUCUCGCCCUACCCUCUCUGCAGUCGCUGCGCCUCUACCACGCUCAUUCCGCCUCCAUUACUGCGAUUGACGUCUCUCCUACUCCUCCGCCGCUCCACAACACCCCUCGUCUGGACCGCCUGAACUCGAGUGCCUGGCGAGCCCCUCCACUACCUCUACCCUCGGCGCGCAACCCCAAACAACUCCCGGCCGUGCCCCCGACGCCCUCCAACCUCAUCCAUAUCGCUACCGCUUCUAUAGACGGCCAUGUUUGUGUCUCGUCACUCGUCGAUCCGAAAGAUGUCUCUCUCCGUAACUUUGCCCGUCCCGUCAAUGCCGUUGCUCUGUCGCCAGACUACAAGAAUGACCGUACCUAUCUCUCUGGUGGUCUUUCCGGCAACCUGAUCUUGACCUCUGGUGCCAAAUCUGGUGUUAGUGCCGACGCAAACACGAAUAGUGCCGCUGCUGCCGCCUCCGGCUGGCUUGGCUCCAUCGGUCUGGGUCAAAACACUGGAAAAGACUCUGUCCUACACUCUGGUGAGGGUGCUAUCAGUACCAUCAAGUUUUCUAAUACUGGUCGCUUUGUUGUCUGGGUGAACGAACAUGGUAUCAAGAUCAUGCGCUCACACCUCAAGCUCGAAUCUCACGAGUCAGAGUCGGCCUGGAAACGUAUCGCUCAUAUCGACCGCCCUAAUCGUAAUGCCUGGCCAGAUAUGGCUGCCGUGUGGAAAGCUCGCGUACAAUGGAUCGACGAUGAUGCUCUCGAAGCAGAUCUGGAUGAACCCAGAGCCCCCAAUGGCUCUGCCGCUCAGGAUUCAACCAAAUCUUCCAGGAAACCUCCUCCGGAGAAGCUGCUUGUCGGUUGGGGCGAUACAGCUUGGCUGGUACAUGUUUAUGCCGCACGCCUCACUACGGGGAAAAAUGGUAGUCAGCGAUUGCCUGGUCGCGCCGAUAUCCUCCAUAAGUUGACCUUCGAUGAUUGUGUUGUUUCUGGAUUGUCGCUCUAUACCCCUUCUCUGCUCGCUGUUCUUGCUUACCGCACGCGUGACGAUCAAGAUAACCCAAUCCCUUCAUCCAUAGAAGAUACCCCAAAGCGAGGCAGACACCACCGGCAAACAGGUCUACAGCCUGAGCUUCGUCUGAUCAACUUCUCAACUGGUGAAGAAGUCGACGUCGAUACGCUCAACAUAAACAGAUUCGAAACGCUCUCUGCCGCUGACUACCAGUUGACAUCACUAUACGUACCUCCGCCACCCCGUCUUGCUCCGACACAAAAGGGUGCCCUGGAAAACUUCGGUGCCGGAUUGUGGGAUGCAGGUGCAAGCGCCUCGCGGCUUUUCAGUUCGGGCGCCAGCAUCAAGAGCCCGCCUCCGAGUGAGGGUGGCAGGACUGCUAUCAAGUCUCCAGCAGGGUCUGUCGGCGGUUCACAACUUGCUGCCCCGUCGCGUUCGACUCCUGACGCGAACCCGUUCCUCGCGCGUACAGGCCUCAAACUCUUUGUACAUAGUCCUUACGAUUGUGUUCUUGCUAUCCGACGCGAGCUAUCUGACCAUCUGGCUUGGCUGCUGGAGCGUAAACAAUAUGGAAAGGCUUGGGGCUUGAUUGACGAUCAUCCUGGCAUAGUCGGCUUGCCGAAUGAUCGACAGUCUAUUCCCUCAUCACCUAGCGGGCCUACACGGGCGCAAAACAGUUUGGCAGACUUCUUUGCUGAUGAAGACGUCUCCCAAACUACCAUGUCUCCUGAGAAGAUACAGAAUUCCAUUGCGACCAAGGAAAAGCAACGGAUAGGCGACUUGUGGCUGCAGCAGCUUGUCGCAAACGAAGAAUGGUUGGCGGCCGGAAAAGUAGCUGGUCAGGUUCUUGGAACUUCUUCCAGAUGGGAGAAAUGGGUGUUGGCAUUCGCACAGGAUGGUCACUUCGACGAAAUCACGCCUUACAUCCCCAGCACUGACAUGAAGCCUGCUUUGCCGUCCUUCGUCUACGAAGUCGUUCUCGGCCACUACAUUGGGCACGAUCGAUUGCGCUUUCGCGAGCUCUUGGAUCGUUGGGAUCCCGAAUUGUUUGACAUUACGAGUGUGAAGACGGCCAUUCAGAACAAACUCGACUCAAGCGAUGUAAACGAGGAGUCUGUCGAGGGUGGUGAGCGAGGAAGAGACUGGCGCAUUCUGCUGGACGGAUUGGCAAAACUCCACCUCGCAGAAGGUUGCACAACAGACGCUCUGCGCUGCUACGUUCGUCUGCAGAAUGGCGAUGCGGCCAUGUCGUUGAUUCGGGAAUACCAUCUGGCUGACGCAGUUUCUGACGACAUUCCUGGCUUGUUAAUGCUCCGCAUUCCCAAAGAACAAAUGAAGACAGCAUCAUUGGAGGAACUCGAAGAAGCUUCAGCCGAAGUUGUCCGGCUGCUUGUAGAUGAAGCGUUUUCAGGAAAUGUCCGACCUGAAGUCGUUGUGUCGCAGCUUGAGCGGCACGAAUCGACUUACCAGCCGUUCCUGUUCUUCUACCUUCGUGCUCUUUGGACCGGCCGAACAACAGACGACGAAACACCGAUAAGCCGAGCGGAGCGCAUGAAGUUGCAACAACAGAUCGAGGAAGGCAGAAUGCUAGUCGAACAAUACGGUGAUCUGGCAGUGACACUCUUCGCGGCAUACAACCGUGAAUUGCUGAUGGACUUCCUACGUUCUUCGAUUUCAUACACUUACGAGAAGGCCUCACACAUUUGCGAGGAGAAACACUACGUCCCGGAACUUGUAUAUUUGCUUAGCAAGACAGGACAAACCAAAAGAGCUUUGUUCCUCAUUAUCGGAGAGCUUGGUGACGUCAGUCAAGCCAUCUCGUUCACAAAGGAGAACCCAGAUCUCUGGGACGAUCUUUUGGAUUACAGCAUGGAUAAACCCAAAUUCAUCCGCGCGCUCUUAGAAGAGGUCGGCACAUCCAUCAAUCCCAUCACGCUAGUGCGGCGGAUACCGAACGGACUCGAGAUUGAGGGUCUGCGGGAGGGUAUCGGUAAGAUGAUACGUGAAUACGAGAUUCAGCACAGCAUCAGCGAUGGUGUUGCCAAAGUCUUGAGGGGUGAAGUGACAUCGGGCAUGGAUGUGCUUCGAGCAGGGCAAAAGAAGGCGGUCAAGUUCGAAGUCAACCAUGAAAAGCUCGAUGAUGUCGAGGUACACACGGACCCGGUUCCCAUUCUCAAUGGCAAUGGCAUGGAGGAGGUUGGUACUGGCCACAGUCCCAAACCGGGACACUGUGUGGGCUGUGAAGAAAUGUUCCAUCAAGAUGAAAGUGAAACUCUGAUCGGCUUCAAUUGUGGCCAUGUCUACCAUUUGUCUUGUCUCCUGAACCUUGACACAAAGGCGGACCAAGCAGACAUCGAAGUGCUUCAAGGGCGAAGGCCAACUGAAGACGAGGAGCUCGGGGAUACCAGCAGAAGCGUGCGGGCAAAGGUCGAGCACGCGCGACGGAUUAAACGAGCUGUGCAAGGUGGAUGUCCGGUGUGCGCGCUGCCGGAUGAGGCUGACUAGGUCAGGCGCAGGCUGAAGCAGAACAAGGUGGGUUUGGAGAAGAGUCGGCAGGUGGAUACAGCCACCACUCGGAUGUUUAUAUAUAUACCCCAUUGUAAGAUUAUGUGCAUUUAUCCUCGAGAAUUGGAAGUACAGACAGGUCACACGUUUACAUGGUUCUAUAGGUCUGAAGCGAAUGGGUAGCCUUGGAUGGCGCAUACAUAAGUUGAGUUGCCAUGGUUUCAUGACAAUGCUGCCAGUCGGGCUUGACUGCUGGCUCUAGUGGUCGCCGAAGAAUGGUCCCUUGGAUCUCAUGCAGUCCUGGGUGCCAGGACUGUCAUUGAGCAGGACCAAAGGCUAGCGUGAGGCUCGUGGCAUGGCCGGAGGGACGGUGGUUCGAACGGUAGAAAUGGGAGACGGCGUCCUUGCGGCGUGUCUGGGGCAGCGUGG